AUGGGUGGUAAAAACUCAACUCAGCAAGGAUUGAAUGUUAAUGAAAAAACCACACUUGACAUUGCUGUUACAGGGGUGCAGGGUGCUGGUAGAUCAUCCCUUGUCAAGGCCCUGCGAGGUCUCUCAGAUUUUGAUGAAGAUGCAGCUGAAAUUGGUGUGAAACAACCUACAUUUCAGCCAGUGGGUUAUCCACAUCCUGCCUUUCCAGAUGUGACAAUAUGGGUCCUACCAGGAAUUGGGACACCUGAUUUUAAAACUGAGGAAUAUCUACAAAACGUAAAUUAUAGCCAGUAUGAUUUCUUCAUAAUUGUUGCUUCUGAGCAUUUCACUAUCUAUGACAUCCAGCUAUCCCACACAAUUCAGAAAAUGAAGAAGCAGUUCUAUUAUGUGCACUCCAAAAUGGAUGCCAGAAUUAAGACUGAAAAACAAAAUCCAGACUUUAGUGAGGAAGCAAUUCUUCAGCGAGUUAGGAAAUAUUGCCUUGACAAUUUGGUGGAGGCUGGUAUUUCUUCACCAGAGAUAUUUCUCAUCUCCAGCUGGUAUGCAGAAAAGUACGAUUUCCCCCACCUGCAAAAGAUCAUAGCAAAUGAAAUGGAGGACUUUAAGAAAUGUGCUUCAGCCGUGGAAAAGGAGAAUCAUCAGAGUGCACUCGGCAUCUCCUGGGAGCAUGCCAGCGGGGGACAGGCCGAGCAAGCCACAGUAGGCCUGUCACACUGCAUGAUCGCCCCGUCGCAUGAGGCCUCUCUGGCUCACCAGCAUGAGAGGCUUCCUGCGGCCUUCAUGACCUCUCCCCCAUUCGUGUGCCGAGGAGAUGCCAGGCACACUGGCAAGGGAGAAGUCUUACAGGCUGUGGGAGGAAUUGGAAUUCACUAUUUCCUCUCAAAAGCAGCCUUUAUAUCAGACCUUGUGAAGCUGAAAGUCUGGAUGGCACAAAAAAGUAUUGAAGAGGUAAAAGCUGAAAUAUGUCAAUCAUUGGAAGCGUUAGAAAAUACCAACCUUAAUAUUGCAAUCACAGGGGUGUCAGGUACUGGCAAAUCAUCCUUUGUCAAUGCCCUGCGAGGCAUGACUGAUUUUGAAAAGGAUGCAGCCAAGGUGGGAUGCAUCGAAACAACCAAGAAACCUAAAGAGUAUCCUCAUCCCACAUUUCCAAAAGUAACGUUAUGGGAUCUACCAGGUAUUGGAACAAAGAAAUUUCAACCAAAGGACUACCUAGAGACGGUAAAUUUUAACAAGUAUGAUUUCUUCAUAAUAGUUUCCUCAGAACGCUUUACUGCGAAUGAUGCCAUGCUGGCAGAAGAAAUUCAGAAAAGGGAGAAAAAGUUUUACUUUGUGCGCUCCAAAAUGGAUGUCAGUAUAGCUGCUGAAGCUAUGAACCCCAACUUCGAUAUGGACAAAACAAUUGAGGAGAUAAGGACCUACUGCUGUGAGAAUUUGAAAAAGGAAGGAGAGACUCCUCCAAGGGUUUUUCUUGUCUCCAGGAGAGAUCUGAAAUUGUAUGAUUUCCCCCUCCUGCAAGAGACCUUUGAAAAUGACCUGGAUGACCUCAAGAAACAAACUUUUAUUGCAUCUCUGCCAGUGUUCUCAAAAAAAGUCCUAAAAAAGAAAAAGGCUGCUAUGGAAGACCUUAUAUGGAAAGUAGCCACCAAAUCUUGUAGCAUUGCAAUGAUUCCUCUCCCAGGACUCUCUCUUGUCUGUGAUCUUGACAUCUUGGUAUCAACCAUGAAAUUUUUCUGCCAGGUCUUUGGCUUAGAUGAGGAUUGCCUACAAAGAGUUGCAAAACUGGGUGAUAAAAAUUAUAAUGUGUUGAAAUCGGCUAUCAAAAAAUCACCAUUGUCUAGCGAGAUCACUCCAGAAUUUGUAAAGGGUCUCUUAGAGAAGUCACUGUUGUGUUCAACUGUGAAGACAGCCCAAAUAGUCUUGGAUUUUAUACCUCUGUUGGGCUAUCUGGCUGGUGGACCCAGUUCUUUUAUUACGACAUUCCACAUGCUGAAAAAGUUCCUGAGAGACCUGGUGGAAGAUGCUGAGAAUGUUCGAGCAAAAGCUGCUGAGCCUUGACCAUUACAAUAUCAUCUCACAAAGAUCCAAGUUUGGAAGAUGUGAAGCAAGAGA